AUGUCCAGAGCUGACUGGUCCUUCCUGGAGCACCUGCUGGAGGAGGGUCAGGAGUACUCGACAGGCAUCGGCCGCAUCUGGCUUACCGUCCUAUUCCUGUUCCGCAUGCUGGUGCUCGGCGCAGCGGCCGAGUCCGCCUGGGACGACGAGCAAGCCGACUUUGUCUGCAACACGCGGCAACCGGGCUGCACCGCCGUCUGCUACGACAAAGCCUUCCCCAUCUCGCACUUCCGCUACUUUGUCCUGCAGGUCAUCUUCGUCUCCACGCCCACCAUCUUCUACUUUGGAUACGUGGCUGUAAGGUCGGGGAAGGAGAGGCAGGCGGAGGAUGUCCCUGAAAAUAAGCACGAAGAGGAGCAUGCCAAAAAAGGGAGCGCGGUCGUGAAGAGUUCAGCAGAAGCUCCGAAACUGAAAGGAAAGCUUCUAUGCGCCUACACGUUCAGCAUCCUCUUGAAGGUUCUCCUCGAGGUCGGCUUCAUGGUGGGCCUGUGGAUCCUCUAUGAUGGCUUCCUCAUUGACGCAAAGUUCGAGUGCAUAAGCUUCCCCUGCCCUCACACGGUGGACUGCUUCGUCUCGCGCCCUACGGAGAAGACCAUCUUCACCAUCUACACUCAGGCCAUUGCCGCCAUCUCCUUGCUCCUCAACCUCGUUGAGCUCCUCCACCUGCUUCAGCUCGCCAUUUCUCAACAUCUGGAGAAGCGGUACCAAAGAGAGGCGUAUCCGCCACACCUGGAUCGGGCGGCCGCCAGACCGGAGACGCUGGAGCUCGGAGAAGUACCUCUGGAAUCUUACAGUGGGAGUCUGCCAGUGCCGAGCGAGGCGACAGACUACACUACCAACCCCUGUGAGAGCUUUGGGGAUCUGGACCCUACGGUCAACUGGGCGCCCACAGAGGCUGGGAGUGACGUGCUUCCCAGCUAUAGGCACUGCAUGGAGGCUAUCAGGACAUCACGGCCAUCAAGGAACCACUAUAGACACAACAAGAACAACCACAUGGGGCCUUCCAAGCAGAAGCACUAUGUCUGACCAAGGAUUGUUGAUCUUGUACACUGGUACAAACGGUACAUAAGUCUGCUUUUCGCAGGGUGGGAUACCCGGCCAGGGACGUCCAAACAAAGCCUGGGCAAACCCUGUUAGGACGAAGGCCAACAACAAAACAAGAAGCAGCAUUUUGGGGCGCAUAGUGUCCCAAGUGUUAGCAUGUUGGCCUCGCAGUCGGGAAAUCUAGGGUCCAAAUGUCAGUUUGCGCAUCUCUGCGAGGUUUGCAUGCGUACGUGGGUUCUCUCCGGGUACUCUGGCUUCCUCCCACAUUCCAGAAACACCUUUGGUAAAUUGGAGACUUUCAAUUGUCCAUAAGUGUGAAUGUUGGUUUAGUCCCUCCAGGAAUUUCAACAAAUUCAACAAAUCCCCUCAAAUUAUGUACAGGCUCGCAAAUUCCCCACAAAUGUUGGCCAAUCAGCAUCGUUUUUGUCUCUGAGCGGCGCUCGAUUUCGCAGUAACCUUAAAAUCUAAACUUACGCUUGCUUCUUGUGUGGACGAAGCAGGGACAACAACAUGUAGCAAUAUAUCAACUCUUUAUUGAUCAAACGGCACAAUUGACAUCCACCCGGGUAGCUAAGACCUACACCCUGUUCCUAUCUGCAACACUAAGCCUUCUGGGUAAUGUAGUAUACAAACAUCAAGUGUAAAACAUACACUGAUAAUGUCUGCAACUUGUGGAAGACAGAGCAGACAGCGGACAAUAAGGAAGCCUUUGAGUUUUCUUUCUGUAAUCAUAACUAUUGCUAUUAUUGGUCAUAAUUAAUGAAAACCGUACAGUACCGAAUUAUCCGGACUAUAGAGUGUAUUUAAGGCGCACUUAUUAAUUGUUGAAGACAAAAUAUUUUCCAUGUAUUAGUCACACCGGACUGUAAGCAAAAUGAAUAUUUACACCGACGGAUUUUGUAAAUGUUUAUUUACAUACCUUAAUUGUUUCUAAAUGGUGUCUGUUACUCGGCAGUAAAAUGGUUGAUCAAACAAAACAGAAGUCAUCGUCAUGGACCUACUAGCUGCGGAACCGAGCUCUCCAAUCAGCCAAACACACUCAAUAACUCCACGGUGACGUUUUGGUGAAUUUACAAAAUUGAAACAAUACAAAAAGAAUGCCAUUGUAAGUUAAUAAUAUUAACACAGACACUCGUUAACGUAUUAGCAUAUUAGUUAAUGCUAACGACGCUAGCUUCGAUACAUUAUGGUAGCACUCAGAAACAUGCAUGAAAACACCCCUACAGACAUCACACAUGGGACGGUUUAGUAAGUAAGAAUUGUUUUAGUUGCAUUAUAAAACUUACAAAUGUUGCUUGGAGUGAUGAAUGAAGAAUCCAUACGAGUAGAAACGCUACGGACGAAUAGAAGACGGAACGACACUUGUACUUCCGGUUGAAAGCACAAAAGAGAAGGAAAUACUGUCGCCGUUUGCCCUGCCUGCAGCACCUGCAGUGAGUGGACUUGUCCAAAAGAUGGCGCCAUACCACAAACAAUAGCACACCUUUCAGUGCACUAUGGCCGUCAGCGAAGAAAAAUCCCUAAAUUAGCCGCACCGUUUUAUAAGCCGCAGGGUGCAAAGCGUAACGGCUCAUUGUCCCAAAAAAAUCCUGGUAAUUUAACGAGCCAUCAAGUGUCUACUUUUAAGUCUGUGCUGUAUAAAACCAGUAAAACAUCAUUAUUUGUUUCCCCGUUUUUAUCAAAAUCCUGUACUUUUUGACAUUAACGUGAGAAACAACACGAAAAGCAUGGGAAACAUACAGUGGUGGUCAAAAGUUUACAUACACUUGUAAAGAGCAUCAUGUCAUG